AGUCACCAAAGUGUCCAGACAAAAGUCAGGCCAGACAGCUGAGCCCCGCCCGGCGCCGUUCCACUUCUUUAGCCCCAGAUCUAGUAGACUAGCCGCCUAGGCUUAGGCAGAGAUUCAGGGGAAUUGAAAGACUGGGGAGAUUGCCUUGUCGCCUUUCACGAUCCGGUCGAAUUUCAUUCUGACCUAGCUAAAAAUGUUUCUAUUCACAUCACAAAAAAGGUUCGGCCGGCUGGUUCUCUAUGCGCUGGGGGUGCUCGGGAUCAUCCUCAUUCUAUGGCAGUUGCCCUAUGCUCGGCCCACCGUGCGGAUAGGAGCUAGAAGCGCCCGAUCACAGCUCGAGGCAAUCAGGAACGAAACUUUGGGGGUCCAAAAAAUAUUCGCGAUCAAUCUGCCUAGCAGGGUUGACAAGCGCGACAACCUUGUCCUUGGCUCUUCAGUCAGUGGGUUUAACAUCGACUGGGUUAACGGUAUCACUCCAGACGAGAUUGACCCCAGGACAUACCCUUAUAAUUGGAACUAUGAUCACAAACCUACCGAGUAUGGAGCUCGACGGGCUCAUGUGAAUGCCAUGCAACGAAUUGUUCAUGAAAGAUUAGGAAGUGCCAUAAUCAUGGAGGAUGAUGUCGACUGGGACGUAAACCUCAAGACCCAGCUACAGAGUUUUGCUUUCGGCGUCCGGGCUCUCCAGGAUGCGGAUAACAAAGUGACCGCUUCACCGUACGGUGACGACUGGGACAUCAUCUGGCUUGGUCACUGUGGCUUGUCAUGUCGAGAGAACGAUCCAUAUUUCGUGAGCUCGAAUGACACAACCGUCCUCCCGCCACAUCACUUCCUGCCCUACUGGCGCGAUCCACCCUCGUUCGGGGUACCAGACUACAGCCGUCUAACCUGCGCCGUCGAAGAUGCAGUUUGCUCGAUUGUCUAUGCUGUGACCUACCAUGGUGCUCAGAAAAUUCUGUCCGCUCUUUCCGUGAACCCGACAGGCCUCGCCGAUAAAAUCGACAUUGGUGCUCAGUUCGACGUAUCGCUCGGUCGCAUGUGUGGCAAUGGCUAUCUCCGGUGCUUUGCGGUCUACCCAUCCUUAACAGGUGGCUAUCAUCCCGCUGGGCCCUCCUCGAAGGAAUCUGAUAUCCAUGGCGGGAAUGAAGACGUCCAUCCCAUCUCCAGUCACGGGGUUAUGUACAGUACGAUGCUGAACAUCAACCGCAUAUUGGCUGGAGAAGAUACAGUUGUUUCCAACUGGGACGACGCCCCUGUUCCAGUGAUUAAUCCGGCGAAUGUUUCAAUGACUCGGGGAUCUAUGAUCAUUUCUGCAGAGGACGACGUGUAUAGUCCUUCAAUUGUCAACCCGUGA